AUGCUCAAGCGCGCCGCUUCCCUUCAGCCUGGCUCCAAAGACCUAGCUGGAAAGCUGGCGUUGCUCGAGUUGUCGGGUAACGUAUUUCAAGCUUACCUCAAGAAGAACGUUACCAAGAAGGAAAUCGGUCCUGCAAUAUCCGCUUGGUUUAAGCAUCUCAACCAGAACCAGCACAUUCUCGGCGACCCAACGCUCAUCAACGUCUUGUUUUUCGACAACCCGGUUUUUUCGUCCUUUGAACCCACAGAGGAUGAACAGAUAGCGUUCGACCGACAUUUUCUCGCGAUCGAUGCCCGAAUACAAGAUUCCAAGCUGCCGGGUGACCAGAACUCUACCACCACAAGCAAACCCCCAGACUACAAGCCCCCACCGUCCCUAAGAAAACUCGUAAACGAUGCAGUGAUUACUGCCACCCACGUCGAUGGUCCGUCCACUUCCAAAUCAACACCCAAGUCCCCGUCGGCCCCAGAGCCUAACAGGACCAAAACCUCUGCCCAAGUCGAAGCUAAACCCGCCAGACCACCGAACUUCUCAUUGGCUCCCACAGUUGUAGUCCCUUCACUGCCCACCAAGCCUCGCACCGUGAAACCAACCCCUCGGCCCUUCUCGCAUGCGACACAAACAUCCGAGCGGGAUGGUAGCAAGAAAUUCGACACAGCCAAGUCCGCAAACGCCGAUCCUGCAGAGACCCAGCCUAGCAUCAGCGGACACCAGGCAACGAAGCCAGAGAGCAGGCACUCUGGCUCGACCAAGGCGAAGGUGGCCAAGCGUAAGCGUGAGGAUACCCCCGCAGCCAUGACUGCAGCGGAUGUUCCUUGCAGCACCUGCGCUCGGAAAGGCACCGAGUGCUUGGUUUACAAGCCAAACGUAGCGUGCUGGCCAUGCAGCAAGAACCAUCGCAGUGGAUGCGACUUUUCAAGGAUUCAGAGGGUUGAUGGCCAGUUCGUCGCUGUGAAGGAGGAAGCUGUCGAUGUUGAUAUCCCGCCGCCCAAGAAGAAAAAGAAAUCGAAGGCCAGGAAAGCAGCUGAGUCGCAAGAGCCCGAGACAAGCAGGGAUGAACCACGAUCCGAAUCAGCGAUGGGCAUCAAGACCCAGGAUGAUCGCGAUGAGAGGCCCAAUACAAAGGCUAAGAACAAAAACCUUGGGCCUGCGAAGAAAUCGCCAGAGGUCCUCGACGAUACCGACGACGACCGUUUAACGCCAUUGCCCGGGCAACCCCAUGGGCCCCUCCCUCAACGGAAGCGCCCCGCUGAAUGCAACCCACCCGCACCCCCGCAGGAUCUGACCUCCCAAUUCGCACCGCCAGCGCCUCCCGCCGAACAACAGCAACCCGCACCCCCGCAGGUGCUGUCUUCCCAAUUCCCACCGCCAGCGCCUCCCGCCGAACAACAGCAACCCGCACCCCCGCAGGUGCCUUCAUCAGCGCAACCCGCCGACGAAAAGGAAGCUGCAGUUUUGCCGCAGUCAAACCAACUGCCACCUGGCGAUACCUCAGCUGCCCCCGCAGGUUCGAAGGCUCACGGUAAUGUGAUUUCAGUUGAAGGACCCCAUCCCAGCGAACUCGUCGAUCACUCUGUUCUCGACACGCUCAAUGACUUCGACAACCGUUUGUUCGGCAUGGAGGGGAAGGUGCGGGCGGUCCAGUCGGCUGUGAACGUCCUCGUCUCGGCGUCCAACGAAACGCCGCAACUCCCAUCACGCCUAUCUAACCUGGAAACUCUGUUACAAGAGACUCGGGAUGAACUGUCGGCCACUCAGAAGCAAGUCAGGGAGCAAGCUUCCCUCAUUGCGGACUACCGGAAUAACGUCACUCUCCUCAACGCGAUUCUGGGUGCCAACACGUUCUGGCAACAGCUGAACCUCAAUAUGCUGUCGUCAUCCCGGCCCUUUGGACAGGCUCCUGACCACCAGGAUGCCCAGGGUUCCUCUUCGCAGGGCCACCAUGUUUCGGACCAAAGCUCCUAUUUCGGCGAUUCCACUUCGAUCCCAAACCCCCCGCCCCCCGACCAAAAUUCGGUCUCGUAUUACCGACAUGCAGCUUCCUCCAACUUGAAUCCGCCAUCCAACGGUAACGCCCGGUUCGCAGAACAAUCCCUGCCUUUGGAGAUGAACACCCAACAGCAGUCCUCCUCUGGCCCUAGUUUGCACCCAACUAGGGAGCUCGCUGGAAACGCGACGUCGCUCAAGGCGCCCCCAACCCCGCUGACGAUCCCAGAAGACUUUCCGCCACUGUCACCUGUCAAGUUCCAGAACUUUCUUCAGCAACUCUCAGUCACUGUCCCACCCCCACCUUUCCCCACCUUCGGUCCUGCGAAGUCAGAGGUAUCGACAGGUCCGCAACCUCAGUCCGCCUCCACGUCCACCUCGGCGAACACCCAGUCCGGAUCGAAACACGGAGACAAUAGCAAACCAGAGGUCUCCUCAACGGGUCCGCAGCCUCGAUCUGCCUCCGCAGCCAGGUCCGGUCCCAAUGAGCAGCAAUGGGAGGGUUUUGACUCAGGGAACUGCCACCCCGCAGCAACUCAAUCCCGCGACGACGUCGAACGACCUGGCGCCACUGGUCCCCAUUCUACUGGCGGUAUGUCACACAAUCAGGAUAGAGCAGGAGGAGGAGCAGUACAACCGACUGUUCACGAAGUGGGUGAGGGAUCCAGCAGAGGACCCGAGGGAUCGUCUCAGUUAGAGGGAGCAGACAAUAUGGAUUUACAGUCAUGA